CGUGUGGCGGUGCUGACGGGGGCGGGUGUGUCUGCAGCAUCGGGUGUGCCCACCUUCAGAGGGGCGGGGGGGCUCUGGCGCACUUAUGAUGCCACGGAGCUGGCAACCCCACAUGCGUUUGCGGCUGACCCAUCGCUGGUGUGGGAGUUCUACCACUACCGCAGGAGUGUGGUGGCACGGUGCACACCCAAUGCGGGCCACGGGGCGUUGGUGCAGCUGGAGCAGCGCUGCCAGCGGGAGGGCAAGGCCUUCACGCUCCUCACUCAGAACGUGGACGGGCUACACACAGCGGCGGGCAGCAGGGCGCUGGUGGAGCUGCAUGGCUGCCUCUGGCGCACCCGCUGCCUCACCUGUGGUGACAUCGCAGAGAACCGCACUCAACCCAUCUGCGCUGCUUUAGAUGGCAAGGGAGCGCCCAGCGAGGGUGCCAAGGCAGCGAGCAUCGCUCUCAAGGACCUGCCGCGCUGCACCAAGCUGCCCCAAGGUGCAGCCUCGGGCCGACCCUGCAAUGGGUUGCUUCGGCCGGACAUAGUGUGGUUCGGGGAGUGUCUGGAGCCGCGGGUGGUGCAAGCAGCAGAGGGUGCCGUCACUGGCUGCGACCUGCUGCUCGUUGUUGGCACCUCGGGUGUCGUGCAUCCAGCGGCGGGGUAUGUGAGGGUGGUGCGGGCGGCAGGGGGGCGGGUGGCGGAGUUCAACGCAGAAGCCACUGCACUCUCCACUCUCGCCACCUGGAAGUUCCCGGGGGACUCCGCCACGCUGCUGCCACUCGUACUGGGGAUGAAUGGAAGCGAGAGGGGGUGA